AUGGCUUGUGUUCAAGUUAUCACAGUUCUUCUCCUUGCAUUAGCCCUAGCUAAAAUUGACCCCUCAACAUGCCAAACGGUGCAGGGCAAAGUCUCCUGCGUUGACUGCACUCUUAACUAUGACUUAUCAGAUGUAAAGGUUUCAGUGAAGUGUGAUGGUGUGAAAAAACUGGCUGUGGCUACCACAGAAAAUGAUGGCUCCUUCAAGGUUGACCUUCCCUCAGACCACACCAGACCUUCUCAGAAUUGCCUUGCAAAACUACUAGGUGGGCCAGUUCAGCUUUAUGCUUCGGGGAAAGGCCAAGUAUCCCAUAUUAUCAAGGGCAAAGAGCAAAACAGCUACACCAUCUCCACUCCUCUUAGUUUCAGGACAUCAUGCCCUCAAAACACAACUUGCAAGGGUGGGAUAAAGGUUGGUUCUUCCAAAACCGUGGAUCUUCCUCUGCCUCCAGAGUGGGGUUUGGCACCAAGUAGCUAUUAUGUUCCUUUCUUCCCUAUCAUUGGAAUACCUUGA